AAGUGACCUCAUCACUAUUCAUCAGUUUUAUCAGAACUUUACUAUCUGCUGCACGACAGCUAAUUUUAUCAAGGUGUUCGUCUUUAAUUAACACAGCUAAAAUAAGAUUUUAUCUCAAAUGGGGAUGAGGCACCUUACUGACACCAGGUUCAAAUCCUGGAAAAAGACAAGACGUUCGUGGCGUAUAAAUUGGCAUCGGCAUCCAUCUUACAACGAAUUGUUUGCCAAGUUACAAUCACGGUCUAACGAGUCUAAAGAAGAUGACGAUGUAGACUACGAGGAAAUAGACGAUGAUGUUUUCGAGGAUGAGAAAAGCUGCCAGAGCACGACCGUUAGUCUAAAAAGUAAUUACCACGUGCUGUACAGGCGACUGCUUAGCCUCAUAUCGUUAAGGAAAAUCUGGGACCUGCUGGUACAAUACAUCUGGACCUCUCACAGAAAUCGAAGUGGAACACAAUCAACCACACCCACCAGGAAAGUGGUAGAGAUUGAAGAUGUUCCUCCACCUGAAAACGAGUUGUAUAUGCUCGAGUCUGAUUCAGAGAGCGAAGAUUUGUUCCAGGACUGCGAACAAGAUGAAACCAAAGACAUCGAAAACGUUGAUUUUUGUUUUUCGCCUCCGGCUCCUAGUUUUGUGGAGGCCCUAAAUAGGCCCUUUUCUUCGCUGUUUUUACGACAUGAAGUCAUAUUUACUCCACAACCAGCAACGCCUUUAGUGUUCACGCCGGCCACACUUCCGACUGGAUCUUCCAACCAAUCGAGCAUGUCCAACCGACUAAGACUAGCCGAUUUGUGCUGGGAUAAUUACGAAUUGACCACUAUCCCUGCAGAUGAUGGAAAUGUUAUCGGUUGUGAGAGGUGGUCUGUCCUUCCCCGAAGCCAGCGAAUGCCAACGGCAUCUUGUUUGAAAAUGCUCUGGAACUUGGAUUCGCCAUCCAUCACUGAAGAUGUCGACGAGGAUGGUCAUGGAACUGGACAUCAGCCCAGUACUAAUUCUCUUCCAGUUAUCUCACAGGAUCCUGUUUCAGGCAAUGAGGAGCUGCCCAAAGGAAAUUAUUCUGAGGGUUUAUCUAAACUUCUGGAAGGCAAGUCUAAUGGAACAUCUCAAAUAAAGGACUGUAAUGACAAUGUGCUGAAUUAAAAGCUCGUAAACACGUAUUCAACCACCUACCCGUCCAAAACCACGAAACAUGCUGUUCAGAAAACGAUAGAUAUCGAUAUUUUAAUGCCCCAAGUGAGUUUGCCAUUUUAUGCUCACCGUGAUAAUGUUUUCAUAGUAACUAUCCAAUCG